ACGCAAUGCAUUGUGGGAUAGACAAUAAUAUGGAAGCGGCUGCAGCGAGCAUGUUGGAAACUCAAUAACAUUUACUUUAACUGUUACAGAUUCACAUGAGGAUUUAACUGAUUGAUUGUCACGAAAAUAACAAACUGUCACAGGACUGUUAAUAGUGGUUGAAACAGAUAUCCUCGGACAUGUCAGUGCUGGGAGGUUUACUGAGAGCUGGCUCAUCCUUCUGUCAGUCUGCUGGGACUCUGCUCCACACGGCCAGGACCAUCUCUACUGGUACCUGCUGCCAGAUCAGAAUGCAUGCAAUCCCACAGCCGAAAAAGGUUGACCGGUGGACUGAAAAGAGGAGUAUGUUUGGGGUUUAUGAUAACAUCGGCAUCUUAGGUGAUUUCAAGGCUCAUCCCCGGGACCUCAUUGUGGCCCCCUGCUGGCUGAAGGGCUUCAAAGGUAAUGAACUGCAGCGACUAAUUAGGAAAAAGAAGAUGGUGGGAGACAGGAUGAUGACUCAGGACAGACACAACCUGGAGAAGAGGAUCCGCUUUCUGUAUCGACGCUUCAACCGUUACGGGAAACACAGAUAACGUGGAACUGAAGUAAUCUGCCAAUGAGGACUGUUGGAUCUACUGUGUGGGUUCAUCCUGUCAGUGCUGUAUGUUAUCAUGUUUUCUAUGUUAAAUGCUUACAAAGAGGCGAACUGUGUGUUUAGGAGCAACCGAUUUCUUGUAUUAUUUUUGUUGAUUGUAUUUACCAACUGACAAACAUAAUACAUGAUAUAAAAAUCCUAAAAAUACAUUCUGGGAGU